UCUAAUUCUGAUUCGACAUUCGUGGAGGCGACCAGGGCAAAAAGGAAUUUUUCUAAUCUCUAAAACACGUGGAAAAUUUGUUAAUUUUUUAACUAAAAAACCAUGAGCGCCUUUCCGGGAACGUUCGCGUUCGACGAAUAUGGUCGGCCCUUCAUUAUUUUGCGCGACCAGGAUCGCCAAAAGCGCAUCACAGGCACAGACGCCAUUAAGACGCACAUCAUGGCUGGUCGCCAGAUUGCCUCCAUCCUUAAGACUUCCUUAGGUCCGAAAGGUCUGGACAAAAUUAUGGUUAGUCCCGAUGGCGAUGUCACUGUGACAAACGAUGGGGCCACUAUUAUGAAGCUGAUGGAGGUGGAUCACGAGAUAGCCAAGCUGAUGGUUCAGUUGUCGCAAUCGCAGGACGAUGAGAUUGGCGAUGGUACCACUGGAGUUGUGGUUCUAGCCGGAGCCCUACUGGAGCAGGCUGAAAGUCUUAUUGACCGAGGUAUUCAUCCCAUACGGAUAGCUGAUGGUUUCGAGCUGGCUGCUCAAUGUGCCAUCAAACAGUUGGACGCUAUUGCUCAGCCCUUCCCAGUGGAUCCGAACAAUAAGGAACCAUUGAUUCAAAUAGCCAUGACCACUCUUGGCAGCAAAAUCGUCAAUAAAUGCCAUCGCCAAAUGGCAGAGAUGGCUGUCGAUGCCGUGUUGAAUGUGGCCGACAUUGAGAAGAAGGAUGUGAACUUUGAAUUGAUCAAGAUCGAGACCAAAGUGGGUGGACGCAUGGAAGACUCAAUGCUGGUCAAGGGUGUUAUUGUGGAUAAGACGUUGAGUCACUCCCAAAUGCCUAAGGAACUGAAAAAUGUGAAAUUGGCCAUUUUAACCUGCCCGUUCGAGCCACCUAAGCCCAAGACCAAGCAUAAGUUGGAUGUCACCUCGGCUGAGGAUUAUAGAGCAUUGCGCGAAUACGAACAGGAGAAAUUCACCCAGAUGGUCAAGCAGGUAAAAGAUGCCGGAGCUACCCUGGCCAUUUGCCAGUGGGGAUUCGAUGAUGAGGCCAACCAUUUGCUUCUGCAACAAGAAUUACCGGCUGUCCGUUGGGUUGGUGGUCCCGAGAUUGAGUUGAUUGCUAUUGCCACAGGCGGAAGAAUUGUGCCGCGUUUCGAGGAGUUAACACCGGAAAAACUUGGCACAGCUGGUUUGGUCAGAGAAAUGGCAUUUGGCACUUCAAAGGACAAAAUGCUAGUGAUCGAGGAGUGCAAGAACUCGAAGGCGGUGACCAUCUUUCUGCGGGGCGGCAAUGCCAUGAUUAUUGCCGAGGCCAAGCGUUCCAUUCAUGAUGCUAUCUGUGUGGUUCGAUCACUGGUAAAGGAUUCGCGUAUUGUCUAUGGUGGCGGAGCCGCCGAAAUCAGUUGCUCUCUGGCAGUGGCCAAGGAAGCCGAUCAGUUGUCCACAUUGGAGCAGUAUGCAUUCCGUGCCUUCUCUGUGGCCCUGGAAAGCAUCCCAUUGGCUCUGGCUGAAAACAGUGGCCUUCAUCCAGUUGAGACUUUGUCUGAGCUGAAGGCCAGUCAGGUGUCGGAGAAAUUGUCAAGUCUGGGUGUCGAUUGCAUGCUCUCUGGAGAUUCGAACAUGAAGAACCAUAAUGUUGUAGAAUCGUUGCACUCCAAGAAACAACAAAUUCUCUUGUCCACCCAGUUGGUUAAGAUGAUCCUCAAGAUCGAUGAUGUGCGCUCCAAGAAUGAUGGCGGCAUGUAAAAUCAGACUACCUAGCGACACACAAAAUCAGCAGCAUCAAUCUCUUAACCUUCCUGCACACAGCUUCAUCUUCUCCGCCUCGUUCACUUGCGCUCAUCCUUAUUUGUACAUCUGUAUUAAUUGUUUACUUUUAUUAAUCAACACCUCAAGAAAAAAAACAACACAAGAACAAGAAAAUUCUUUGGAAAAGAAGCAAAAAAUUAUAUAAAACAUGAUCCUAAUAAUAUAUACAAUUAACUAAA